UCCAACCAUGUUGGAACUAACUCGCCUGAUUUGCAAAAUAUAUACUGUGCAUCCCUCCGUAACGGAAUACCCAUCGUACCGGACCAAUCUACCGGUACUUAGACUUUGGGACGAAACAAACCUGCCAUUCAAUAUAUUCAAAAGGCAGAUCUCUCAAGCUUUGUACUUAGACCUCGUCUCUUCCCUUUUCAUCCCAACUAUCAUAAAUUCACUAUUGCUUAGAUGUGUCCUGCCCUUGUUUACAAAGGUAUACCUGUUUAAGCGAGAUUAA